CCGCCCACAGCCCUGGAGGAAAAGCGGCAAUUUUCCAUUCGAGUAAAACUCUGGUGGAAGUAACACUGACCGUCCUGCUGUGACUCAUUUCUCCUCUAUAUAGGGUCACAGGGAAACCUGGAGCCUAUCUCAGGGAGCAUCGGGCACAAGGCGGGGUACACCCUGGACAGGGUGCCAGUCCAUCGCAGGAGAUACAUAAAGUCCAAAUCAUGUAGAGGUGAUGUCUGAGUGAUAGAAGCUCCCACAGCAUGGGGAAAUUAUAGGGUGCUGUGGACGUCCUGUGGACAGAUGUAUUCUCUGCUCCAUAACCUACCAUGAAACCCACCACACCAAGUAGAGCCAUGCAGUCCUGCAGCGUUCACCACUGUGUCCUGCUCUUACUCACCCUCACAUUCACCACUGCUCCGGUAUUAUCUGCUGUCUGUUCUAAAACAGUGAAGCUUCAUCAGCCUGUGACUCUCUCAUGUGAAUAUAAAUGUUCUGGUUCAGUCAAAUGGUCUUUAUUUAAUAAUCGAGAUGUUGUCUUCGCUGGGUGUGAUGAGACGUCCUGCAGCUCACUGGUGAAGGGAUAUAAUAUGUCUUAUGAUCAGUACCAGGAUGGAGAUCUCUCUCUCACCAUCACUGCAGCUGAUUACAGAAUGAGGAACACGUACUCGUGUGAGUGUGGCGUCUCAGAAAUCUCUACUGUGCGCCUCAGCAUUGAGACCGUGUUCUCAGCAGUUCAGGUGAAGCAUGAUGGAGAUCUGAUCCUGGAUCUGACCGUACCAGAGCCAGUGGAGGUGAUUUAUACAAGCAGUGAUUCAGCUGAUGGUGAAUGGAUCUGUAACGUGACUCAACACUCACUACAGUGUAAAGCUGAAUACACACACAGAACAUCACUCAGAUACCCAGAGCUCACACUGAGAGACGUGACGCACAGUGAUAGUGGACGUUACACCAUCCGGGACACGGAGAAUAAAGAAGACAUCCGUGUGUACUCCGUCUCUGUGACAGAUGAGAAGUUUCCUCGGUGGAUAAUUGGACUCAUAGUGCCGGUGGUGGUGAUUCUGCUGGUGACCCUUCUCUUUCUAUGUAUAAAAUACCAGAAGAAUGCAGUCCAUCAGGAGUUCAUCAAGGUGAGCAAGCAGCUGGAGCAUGUGAACAAGCUUAUACAGCAGGCCCGACCUGGGAAAGAGCAGGGCAAUAAAAGGCAUGUCGGUGCCACAGAGGCUGUGCAGAAGGCAGAGGAGGCGAUGAAGGAACUGGAACGACGGUACAGAGAGAGCCCUAAAUAUUCAGAACAGAUCAAAUUGUUCUGCAAGGCGAAGAGAGCAGAGCUGAUGGAGUGCAGUGGUGAAGAAGGUGAAGGACUUCUGAUGACUGAGAGAGGAGGGAUCAUGGGGAAGAUGGAGGAGGUGAUGAAGAGCUUACAGCAGCUCAGUGGUGAUGGAGCAGGACACCUGCAGGGUACGAGCUCCGACAUCAUCUCAGAGACCGAGAUCAAUCUGACUGACAUUGAACAGUGGUGUAGUCAGAAGAGGGCGGAGUUAAACAACUUCAGGCAGCAGCACACAGCUGGAGCAGAAAGGAUCGACACCGGCCAUCAUGCAUCUCUAUGCAGGAGUGAUAUUACUGCUAGUCCCCUGUGUGGUGCUGUCCGUAGACCGACAGAAGGUGUUUGGGAAUCUGCAUGAGUCGGCGUCUCUCCCCUGUACUGUGCAGUGCCCUGGUGAACUGACCUGGACCAGGUUUCAGAAGCAGGACGAUGUUCUGGUCAGGUGUAGCAGCGUCUCGUGCUGGUCUAAAGACGGGUUUAUUGUCUCUUAUGAACAGUACCUGAAGGGGAAUUCCUCCCUGACCAUGCUGAAAGCUGAUUACAGCCUUCGAGGACUCUACAUGGCCAAGUGUGUCUCUGAGACCGUCUGUGAAGUCGUCUUUACAUUGUCCCACAGAAUGUUCCUGUACACUUCUGAAUUCAUUCUGCUGCUCCAUCAUGAGUUCAUCAUCAAUAAAGAUCAGUGAGAAUGUUCCAGAAGCAGCCAUGCAAGCCCAAGCCAUGACACUACCUCCACCAUGUUCCACAGAUGAGCUUGUAUGUUCUGGACCAUGAGCAGAUCCUUUCUUUCUCCACACUUUGGUCUUUCUGUCACUUUGGUAGAGGUUCAUCUUGGUUCCAGAACUUUUGUGACUCAUCUCUGUCUGAUUCUUACUGCUGAUGAGCGGUUUGCAUCGUGUGGCACGUCCUCUAUAUUUCUGCUCUCCAAGUCUUCUUCAAACGGUGGAUUGUGAGACCUUCACCCCUGUCCUGUGGAGGUUGUUGUUGGUCACUGACUGUUGUUUUUGGGUUUUUCUUCACAGCGCUCACAAUGUUUGUCAUCAGCUGUUGUUUUCCUUGGUCGACCCGUUCUGUGUCUGUUCCUCCAUACACCAGUGGUUUCUUUCUUUUUCAGGACAUUCCAAAUGAUUUUAUUGUUUAUACCCAAUGCUUGUGCAAUGCCUCUGAUAGAAUUUCCCUCUUUUCUCAGCUUCAAAAUGGCUCGCUCUUCUCCCAUAGACAGUUCUCUGGUCUCCACGUUGGUUUAUCCUUUAAUAACAAAUGCCUUUACAGGCAAACCCAGAGCUCAAACAUGGACUCUUUAAUUGUUUAAAGAUUUGAUCUAACAGGACACACCUAGUUAACAAACACCUGUCAAUCACAUGUUCCAAUAUUUUUGAUCACUUGAAAAAAAUGGGUGAUUUCAAACAAAAGGUCCCAUGUUCUAACUUGUGUA